GGUGACGUUCUGCGCAUGCGCGAGGAUCAUGUAAUUUCCUUUCCUGCUGGUGGUACCGCCAUUUUGAAUCUUUUUGUAUUUGAUAUCAAUUGCAGUAGAGCUUCGUCUUCUCGUUAAAUACAGUUUUCCAAGAAGUCGUACAAACUAAGGAAAUACACAGUACGAGUAAUAUCAGAAGUAAUAUUAACGUGAUAAUUCUACAAGCACACGACACGUUGUAGCCUUAAAGAGAGCAUUUUCUUGGGUGUGGUUACGCCCUGUCUUGGUGGUGAGUGUAGUACAAAGGUGGGGCAUGAUCGAGUGCCAAUGGAGUCACUACUCCUAUAAAUUCGACGAUCUACGUCAGUGAAACUUGUAAUGCAGUUCUCGACUUCGUUUGAAUCGGACGUGACAGUGAGAUCGUUGCUUCUUAGAACGUCAUCAUAGUUGAACGUAAUCUAUACGUUGGGGAACGAUGAUCCAGUAUAUUGUAAUAUUAUCUGGAAUGAUGAGCGUGGUCCUUGGUGCUCCACAAUGGUAUGGACCACAUGCUGGUUAUGGUGGCCAUGCUGCACCGGCUCCACUUGGUCCCGAUGGUCGUGUCGUAGACACUCCUGAAGUAGCUCAAUUAAAAGCCGCACAUUUGUCGGCUUUGGCCGAGGCAAACGCACGUGCACCGAAAGGACCUGGUCCUGUAUCCGGACCGUAUCCAUCUCAUGCGGGACCUGCUGGUUACGCACCGCAUUACAGUGGACCACCUGCACCAUUGGGACCUGAUGGACGCGUAGUAGACACACCCGAGGUUCAACAAGCGAAAUCGGUACAUUUCUCUCUUUACAAUGCGGAAGCACAACGUGUACCAGCUGGACCAGCUGAUCCAGUUUCAUCUGGUGCCUACGAUCCAUCCUGGAAUAAUAAUGGUGCUUGGAAUCAAGGCUCAUGGAAUAACGGACACAAUUAUUAUUGAAAGGAUUUUUUUAAUUUUUUUUCUCUUUUCCUUUUUUUUUUUCUUUCUUUAUUUCUUUGAUCAUGUUCGUUCGACUGCAAUCAAUUUAAAAGAAUAUGCUCCGUUCGCGUAUCUUUUGAAAGUCUACCUCGAGAUAAUAUUCGAUUAUUUUAUCUACCUCGUAUCAAGACUAAUCUUAAGAAGAAGAUGAAGAAGAAAUUAUAUAUGCUCUUCGUUUCGACUGAUUUCAACGAUUUUCAACUACCUCUUAUUAUUUAUUCGGAUGAACGAGUAAUAUAUUUCUUCGAUUCAUAGAUCUCUCUCUCUCUUUCUCUCUCUCUCUCUGUCUGUUUAUCUGUCUGUCUGUCAGACUAUCAUUCUUGCUUCUUUAUUUUAUCAUUUAUAUUAUAUUAUCAUAUACUAUAUUUCGAGCGAUCAACUAUCCAAUCUUUUAUACGUAUGGUGCUAUUAAAUAUAUUAUAUAUAUAUCGACAUACAUGCACGCACACACAUGUAUACAUAAAAGUGUUAUAAAUAAUCUAGUUAUCAAUAAUUCAAUCUUAAUAACUGUAUAUCGAACGAGUUCUCUCAUCGCAAGGAAAUCAUUUUCAAGGUUACUCGAAUAAUACCGUUCUAAACAAGUUUUUUUAGUUGUCUUUGAAUUGCCUCUUAUCAAAUGAUCUUAUUUGAUUAGUUUACGUUCAUUGAUGUGAGGAAAAGUAAGUUCUUCACAUCGUUGAGCGUAGAUAUGCAACAUGUGCGAAGGCCGUUUUCUUAUAGAUCGUAUAGAUCGUAUUAUAUAGAUCCCUCAAUAAUCCCGGCACGUGCCGAUCGGUUAACACGCUCCUGACAAGAUUUCGAUCGAACUGAUAAUACGGUAGUGCCAUUAACGUCAUGUUACGUUUUGAUUUAUCGUUCUUGAUUUAUCACUGGAUAACGAGUACUACCAUCGUCGUUGCUUUCUUUGUUGCUUUGCUAUGAAUAAUAUGACUUCAUGAUUUGCUAUUUUUUCUCUUUCUUUCUUUUUCUUUUUCUUUCUUUUUUUUUUUUUUUAAAUAAAA